AUGUCACGGUGUCAGGCCGUCGCGCGGCCGCUCGCAAGGCAAUUGCGGCAGCCAUGCGCAGUCCGGCCAUUCACGACGGGCGCGCCUCGAGCCGCUGAGGUUCAGGACCAAGCUGCUGCCAAAGAACCCAGCGCCUUGGAUCUGAAUCCCGAUACUGUCCUUCCAGAGUUCGAAGCCCAACUGAUCAAAGCCGGAAAGAUGCCAAUUGGCUCGAGAAGACGACGGGUGGCGAUGCGCACGACCCAGGAUAUCCCCUUCGAGCAGUUGCCGUACCAGGCGUUUCAGGAGGCCAGGAAGAUUUUGGCCGCUGAUCGCGACGACAAGCUGGCCAAGAUUAGAUCCGAACUGGAGAAAAUUGCGAAAUUGGAGAAGAAGGAUGCAACCGAUGUUAAAGGUGGGCAGAAGAUGAAGGAUACCAAGCUGGCCAGCUUGAGGAGGGAGGUGGAGCGAUUGAAGCUGCUGGCGGAUUCGAAUGACCCCUUGGUCAAGAAGCGAUUUGAAGACGGAUUAGGCGACAUGAACAAGCCGAUUUACCGGGCUCUUGCCGAGAAGAAAUGGCGUUCGUACGAUCACCGCCUCAUCACCCAGCGAAUCAAGCAGUUCAACAUCGUUCCUGAUGUUCUGCCCAAGCUCGAACCUACCGCCGACGUCCAGCUGUUCUUCCGCCAGUCCAAAAUUGCCCCUGGCGAAAUCGUGGACAGUCUUGUGAGCGAGAAUGCUCCCCGCCUGCGUGUUCAAGUCUUCGACAAGGGCGAGCGCCUGGUCACCAUUGUUGUUCUGGAUUCCGACGUUCCCGACAUCGACAACGACAGCUUCGCCAAGCGAUGCCACUACCUCGCUGCCAACAUCCCCAUCAGCCCAACCCAGACGUCUCUCCCGCUGAGCAAGAUUCUCGCCGACGAUCAGCUGGCCGUCCCCUGGAUGCCGGCGUUUUCACAGAAAGGCGCUCCUUACCACAGACUGGGUAUCUAUCUCCUCGAGCAGAAGCCCGGCGAGAAGAUUGACGUCUCCAAGCUGAAGGAGCUGUAUUCUGCGCGGGACAAUUUCUCUCUCAAGUCGAUGCGCACCAAGUUUGGCCUCACACCAUUUGGCUUCAACAUUUUCCGAUCUGUGUGGGAUGAGAAUACGGCUGCCGUCAUGGCACGUCAUAGUAUCCCUGGCUCUGAGGUCGAGCUACGUCCUACGCGGGUGCACAGCUUGAAGCCUCCUGUGAAGCCUCGUGGUUGGGAAGCCAAGCGGCAGGGUCCCAAGUACCGUCAUCUUUGGAAGUAUACCAAGCGUAUCAAGGGUAUUUCCAAUGCCAGGGGCUGGAUCAAGAGGAGGUAA